GACAGGUGGUUCACUGGUGGGAAUAUAGAACCGUGCCCUGAUUGGCUAAUACGAUCUCCCUCUCCAUCCCUAUCGAUGCAUGUUGGUCAUUGUAUUGAUAACCUGCUCGCGUAUUCCUUCGCAUCUAGCGUCUUCCCUUUGGCUGGAGAAAUAUUAGGCUACAUUCAUUCAGAGUGUAGCCGUUAUCAUAGUAAUAAUAGGGGAGGAAGGCAGACAACAUGACCAUCAGAAACGUACGGGAUCAUGGACAGAGGUUCCGACCGAGGAUGUCAUGUCUCAAAAAGGUGGAGUCUGUGAUGCUGGAGAUGCAGGAUCCAAAGAAUGGAGUCAAGUCACAACCCCAGAGACUGGUUAUCACUACUAUACCUCACGCUAUCACAGGUGAGGACAUUGUGGCAUGGCUAACCAACUGCUACAGUAUAGAGGCAGAGGAGGCGUGGGCUCUGGGCACCAUGUUGGUGGCAUUUGGGUACAUCUACCCCCUCCAGGAUCAUAAGCGACUAGUCAUCAAACCAGACGCGUCUCUCUACCGCUUUCAGACACCAUACUUCUGGCCAGCCCAGCAGUGGCCUGUAGAGGACACAGACUAUGCAAUAUACCUGGCUAAGAGAAACAUCCGCAAGAAAGGAAUACUGGCGCUGUAUGAACAGGUGCAGUAUAACAGUUUUCACAAGUGGUUGAAUCAUAAGUGGGACUUCAUUGUGAUGCAGGCUAAAGAACAGUACAGGGCGGGGAAGGAGAGGAAAAAGCCGGAUCGCGUGGUGUUUGACUGCCAGGAGAGAGCCUACUGGGUGGUACACAGACCUCCGCCAGGGACCGUCAGUGCAAUGGACUACGGACUUGAACGCAUGGUAGACCCCAACACAGAGGAGAAACAAACUUCAGACUUCUUCAGAAGAAUUAUGAUUUUUACGCAGCAGUCCAUCAUGAGGCCGAGGGUCAAGUCAUCUGUGUCUAUCGGAGCUCUUGUGAAGUACUCUGUCACCUAUAAUAAGCACGACCCUUUCCUAGCCCCCUGUCUCCCUAGCAACCCCUGGGUAACUGAUGAUGUCACCUACUGGUUUCUCAACAUGGCGAAUGUGGGAAUUCCUACUAAGAUGCGUGUGGAGAGGUGGACCUUCAGUUUUGGGGAGCUGCUCUCUGACCCUCGAGGCAGAGAUGACUUCAGACUCUUCCUCAAGAAGGAGUUCAGCGGUGAGAACCUGGCGUUCUGGGAGGCAUGUGAGGAUCUGAAGUGGGGAACAGCCGCUACCAUGAAUGACAAGGCCCAGCAGGUCUACAAGACUUUCCUGACGCGUGGCGCCCCCCGGUGGAUCAACAUUGAUGGGAAGACCAUGGAGGUGACAGUUAAAGGGUUGAAACACCCUCACAGAUACGUACUGGAUGCAGCUCAGACACACAUCUUCAUGCUGAUGAAGAAGGACUCUUUCGGGCGGUACCUGAAGUCUCCAGUGUUUAAGGACACUCAGAAGAGGGCCAUCUGUCCUGACCAACACAUGUUCAGUGUGCCCCAGUUGGAGGCCAAUGCGAGGAAGCGUCGACCCAGCAUCAGUCCCAUCAUCGUCCGCCAGCUGGAGCAGGAGGAGAGAGCCAGGAUGGCCACCAGUGGCCCUGUGGACAUCACACAGGUCAUGAGCAAACUCAGCAACAAGGGCAAGGAGGUGCCCGGGUCCAAGAAAUAGACCAUAGACACACUCACAUGCAUAGACAUGAAUACACACACUUCUAUAAGAACAAACGCAAGUACACACACACGCACGCACGCACGCACACACAGAAUACACACCAGCUGUGUAACAAUGUAGUUGCUACAUUUUACAUAUAGUUUGGAGUACAGCAAAGUUGACAAAUAGUGAGCAUUUGAAAUGAAAUGUACUAUUUUGAAUUUCUAUCAACUGUAUGCCGCCAUGGCCAGUGUAGCAUACAUACGUCAGACAAAACAGCUGGAAGAGCAGUUAUGUCUAUCAGUCUGACUGUCAUUAGAACACAAUACUACCCCAGACACAAGGGUUUAAAACCAUUGAAUGUUUCAAGUUAUUAAGUGUUUUAGUCUUGACGGUAUGCCUCACUCACUGAGCAGUAUCACCUGUCUCACCUGUAUCUCAUUUUCUCUCACCUGUCAUCAGCAUGUUCUACCUAUAGGGACAUGUCUGUGUCGUUCCACCAAUAGAGUGCCUUUUAUGUCCCUCAUACAUUAUGUGUGUACAUUUUGAUAAAACAUUCCAUUUAACAGUUGGAUCACAUACAUCUACGUUCUGACUUACACGACAUAACCUAAAGUGGCCUGAAUCGCAGUCUGCGUUCCAAUUCAUCCCAAAGGUGUUCGAUGGGGUUUAGGUCAGGGCUCUGUGCAGGCCAGUCAAGUUCUUCCACACCGAUCUCAACAAACCAUUUCUGCUUGGACCUCACUUUGUGCACUGGGGCAUUGUCAUGCUGGAACAGGAAAGCGCCUUCCCCAAACUGUUGCCACAAAGAAUCAUCUAGAAUGUCAUUGUAUGCUGUAGAAUUACGAUUUAUCUUCACUGAAACUAUGGGGCCUAGCCUGAACCAUGAAAAACAGCCCCAGACCAUUAUUCCUCAUCCACCAAACUGUACAGUUUGCACUAUGCAUUGGCGCAGAUAGCGUUCUCCUGGCAUCCGCCAAACCCAAAUUCGCUCGUCAGACUACCAGAUGUAGAAGCGUGAUUCAUCACUCCAUAGAACCUGUUUCCACUGCUCCAAAGUCCAAUGGCGGGGAGCUUGACACCACUCCAGCUUGACAUUGCGCAUGGUGAUCUUAGGCUUGUGUGCAGCUGCUCGGCCAUAAACCCAUUUCCCGACAAACAGUUGCUGACGUUACUUCCAGAGGCAGUUUGGAAAUCGAUAGUGAGUGAUUAUCUUUACACGCCACGUACCUCAGCACUCGGCAGUCCCGUUCUAUGAGCUUGUGUGACCUACCACUUUGCGGCUUAGCCGUUGUUGCUCCUAGAUGUUUCCACGUCACAAUAACAGCACUUACAGUUGACCAGGGCAGCUCUAGCAGGGCAGAAAUUUGACGAACUGACUUGUUGAAAAGGUGGCAUCCUAUGACGGUGCCACUUUGAAAGUCACUGAGCUCUUCAGUAAGGCCAUUCUACUGCCAAUGUUUGUCUGUGGAGAUUGCAUGGCUGUGUGCUCGGUUUUGUACACCUGUCACCAAUGGGUGUGGCUGAAAUAGCCAAAUCCACAAAUUUGAAGAUCUGUCCAUACUUUUGUAAAUAUAGCAGUGUUGUGUUCGAGACCACUUAAAGCGAGAACGAUUCAAGACCAAGACUGGAUGGGCGGCGAGACCGAGUCAAGACCGAGACCAGAAAAAUGCGAGUCCAAUUCAAGACCAUGAUUGUAAUUUUGUCAAAUCACCACCAUAAUAAGAGUGAUUUGAUAAUGAGUUAAAAAAGGCUGCAUAGGACCUUUAAGCUUGUAUUUAAUUGCUCCUCCCCACAACAACCUUCUGAUUACUUUCAGUUACACACUGUCACAAGGGGAGCUAUGGAUGAUUUAAGAUGAAAUCGACAACCCUGUCACGGUCAACUUUCUCAAUUUUCACUUUUAUAGUCAUUUUUCUUAAUUUGACCUCUUGAGAUGGGGAAACAAUUGCACUACCCUAAAGGUGCCCUAUUUGUGGAAUGACACAUACUGUAUGUUGUGUGUCAUUAUUGUAACAUACAUUUCUGCACCAUCCAUCCAAUAAAGAGUCUAUGUCCAGCCCAUGUCUGUCUGUCAUCUCAUCUUCACUGUGUCAUCCAGUCACUGUGCCCAUCUCUGUCAAUUAGUCCAUAAUGCCUUAACAGAACUCACAGAUAACUCACAGUAUUUUCUGUCCGAGGGCCAGACCAGUCCAUGCUGCCUUCAUUUAUACCCGUGUUCAGUGUGUGGUGUAUUAGUAUGACCUCUCAGUGAUCUUUCCCCCUUGACCCUUUGUCUGAACUCUGACCUUUAACCCCUACAUCUGUGUCACUUCACAGCACCCAUACCCCACCUGGCGGUCUACUCUGGCCCCCCUUCUUCCUCCACCUCACCCCUUUUCCCUCUCUGCCUCCCCAACACCCCCGCCUGCCCUUCACCCAUCAGCGUAACCAUAGAUAGCACCCCCGCCUC